CAAACGGCCGCACACACCUGCCAGUGCCUGGCUACACCAGGUACAGUUUCGCAUCGCAGCCCGGAAAAGCUAAAGAAAAUCAAUACUAAUGAGAGCUCAUUAAACGAGGUCUUCAGUUGAAGUCUAAUGAGUGCGACGACAGCAGGCGGAAAUUGAAUGUUGAGUGUAAGCAAGCGGAUGCAGCAGGAAAUCACAUUAACCGUGCCACCAGCAGCAGCAGUUGUCGCAUCCUUUUGUCAUUAUCCUUACCUGCGGCUCUGAGAGGUAUAAGCGAAGAGAGAGAGCGACACAAAAACGGAAGUCUUAGCCGUAAUGCCUUGCGCCUAGCAUGGGCUGUUCCAGUACCAAAUCCGCUGCAACCUUAGACGACAUUAAAGCCCAGCCCGUGUCAUCCGGUUCGCACAGUAUGGCCAGCCAAAGGGCAUAUCCUGCCUCGGAGGCCUUUACCGUACCGCUGGACAGUGAAGCGCAGCCGGAACUGCCUCUAAACGAGACCUUGAGACAGCCGCCGAAGCGCAUACAGCAGAUAAUGCAGGAGGCGGCCCACACGGAGCCACCCACUCUCGAGGAGCUGCAGGACAAGCAGCAGCGAGCGGAGCAGCGACGCCAGGAGUUGCUGCAACAGAAGCUGGAAACGAUCCAAAAGAAUGCACAAAUGUUGCUGCGAGGACAUGGUGGCGAAGGAGAGGGCCAAACAGAGGUUCAGCCAGAGCAGAGGGAAUAAUAUUGCCCAGCCAGCACUUGCCGAUUUCCGCCCAGCCUGCAUUUGCCUGCGAAAUGAAAGGUUCGCCAGCCUUCGCCUGCCGUCUGCCGUCUGCUUUUCAUUCACAUGUUUUAUUGUUAGCUUUUAAUUCAUAGAUAUAUGUAUGUAUGUAUUACUCUCUAUAUAUAUAUAUAUAUAUAUAUCCAUAGUGUAUUUUUCCAAACAAUUAGAUUGUAUGCAAUUAAACCUUCACUCCACGAAACGCUCA